ACCUAGAUCGCCAUAUUCCAGACGCUCAGUCGAAUCGCGAACACGCGCGUGUGAGCUCGAUUUGACGCUUCACGCGGACAAAGCAUUCGAAAGUGGAUUUCUAUUUCGGCCUUUUUUUCCAACAAUAUAUUUUCUCCUCAAGAACAGGCGACAACUUUAUGCUGCAUCGAACAGUGCUCGCAGUGAGUGUCAAAAAAACUUCAUCGCUUCCUCCUUGACAUGAGCAUUGAAAGUAAUAAAGGGUCUCCGAGCGUCAUUACGCUCGCUUUUUCGAUAUUGACGCAUUUUCUACUUGUGGCUCCUGUGAUAUAUAUCCUGGUAGUCGCCUUUGAACAUUACAGUUUUUUCUCUUGGCAUCCGAUUUGCAUGUCUGUUGGAGUCGGUCUGCUGAUCACAGAGGCUGUCUUCAGCAUCUCCGGUGAGGCGUACAUUGCUUCGAGGCUACCCAGGCGUAACCGAGUAACGAUACACUGGAUUCUACACACGAUAGGUCUAACCAUAAUCGGAAUCGGUUUCAUCAUCAUUAUCGUCAACAAGAUAAACAAAGAUAAAGAGCAUUUCGCCACGACUCAUUCACAAUUGGGCUUGGUAACGAUUAUAUUGUCCGUUCUGACCGCCGCUUUCGGAAUCCUGGCCAACAACACGGUAUGGAUAUAUCCACAAGUAAGACCAGUGCUCAUCAAGGUCGCUCAUGCCUGUGGCGGCAUCGGCAUGCUUAUACUUUUACUGGCAACUCUCAUCAAUGGGACCUACACCAAGUGGUGGCCCGGCACAGUCACGGGAAGAGACUUGAUCUUUGCGUCAUUAUUUUUCGCUGGACUCUUGAUACUCGUGAAACCGAUACUCGGCGCUUUCUCGAGAUGCAGAGUCGUAUUUGGACCACCCUCGAGUGAUACGUAAGGGUGAAAAAUCUGUGAGAAGUCAUCGCCCUGAGAAGCAAAAUACACUCGAUCGAUCGAAUUAUAUGGAAAAACUAACAAUUAUAAAAAUUGGGUGUCUUGUGUUCUCGAUGUAAUUCUCGUAAAAUACCCAAUGGAAUAGCGAGAAGCCAAAGAUCGUAAAACUAAUCUUGUUAGCUGAACGUUAUGUCUCACCGAUACAAUCGGGAAAUGUUGUUCAUUGAUAUAAAUAAUGAAGAAAGAAAUAUUACAUUCUGUACCAGCAAUUAGUUAAUUGGCGAAAAGAUCCGAUAGCGCAUCGUUACCACAUGGAUAACAAUAUUUUAUUGAUUAUGAUUACACACGCAUCAUAUACAUUUAUCUCACACAUUACAAAUUUAUACAUAUAUACGCAUACGCAUGUGUAUGUAUAUUUGUGUGUAGGUGUGCUAUAUAUAAUUUUUAUAAUACAAUGUACAUGUAUAUAUAUAAUAAAACACAACGCGCGUA